GAGGGCGCGCGGGUGAGCGGGAUCCGCGGAGAGCCGGCGCCGGGGCCCAUGCCCGUGCGCCCCCGCGGGCCCGCGUCAUGGCCUCCGGGAGCGUGGCCGAGUGCCUGCAGCAGGAGACCACCUGCCCCGUGUGCCUGCAGUACUUCGCGGAGCCCAUGAUGCUCGACUGCGGCCACAACAUCUGUUGCGCGUGCCUGGCCCGCUGCUGGGGCGCGGCGGAGACCAACGUGUCGUGCCCGCAGUGCCGGGAGACCUUCCCGCAGCGCCACAUGCGGCCCAACCGGCACCUGGCCAACGUGACCCAGCUGGUGAAGCAGCUGCGCACCGAGCGGCCGUCGGGGCCCGGGGGCGAGAUGGGCGUGUGCGAGAAGCACCGCGAGCCGCUGAAGCUGUACUGCGAGGAGGACCAGAUGCCCAUCUGCGUGGUGUGCGACCGCUCCCGGGAGCACCGCGGCCACAGCGUGCUGCCGCUCGAGGAGGCGGUGGAGGGCUUCAAGGAGCAAAUCCAGAACCAGCUGGACCACCUGAAAAGAGUCAAGGAUUUAAAGAAGAGGCGGCGGGCACAGGGGGAGCAGGCACGAGCCGAACUUCUGAGCCUGACCCAGAUGGAGAGGGAGAAGAUUGUCUGGGAGUUUGAGCAGCUCUAUCACUCCUUGAAGGAACAUGAGUAUCGCCUCCUGGCCCGCCUUGAGGAGCUAGACUUGGCCAUCUACAACAGCAUCAACGGUGCCAUCACCCAGUUCUCCUGCAACAUCUCCCACUUGAGUAGCCUGAUUGCCCAGCUAGAAGAGAAGCAGCAGCAGCCCACCAGGGAGCUCCUGCAGGACAUCGGGGACACACUGAGCAGAGCUGAAAGAAUCCGGAUCCCUGAGCCCUGGAUCACACCUCCAGAUCUGCAGGAGAAAAUCCACAUUUUUGCACAAAAAUGUCUGUUCUUGACGGAAAGUCUGAAGCAGUUCACAGAAAAAAUGCAGUCAGAUAUGGAGAAAAUCCAAGAAUUGAGAGAGGCUCAGUUAUACUCAGUGGACGUGACUCUAGACCCGGACACAGCCUACCCUAGCUUGAUCCUUUCUGACAACCUGCGGCAGGUGCGGUACAGUUACCUCCAGCAAGACCUGCCUGACAACCCUGAGCGGUUCAAUCUGUUUCCCUGUGUCUUGGGCUCUCCAUGUUUCAUCGCUGGGCGACAUUACUGGGAGGUAGAAGUGGGAGAUAAAGCCAAGUGGACCAUAGGUGUCUGUGAAGACUCCGUAUGCAGAAAAGGUGGAGUAACCUCGGCCCCCCAGAAUGGAUUCUGGGCAGUGUCCUUGUGGUAUGGGAAGGAGUACUGGGCUCUUACCUCCCCGAUGACUGCCCUACCCCUGCGCACCCCUCUCCAGCGGGUGGGGGUUUUCUUGGACUAUGAUGCUGGUGAGGUCUCCUUCUACAACGUGACAGAGAGGUGUCACACAUUUACUUUCUCUCAUGCCACCUUCUGUGGGCCUGUCCGGCCUUACUUCAGCCUGAGUUACUCGGGAGGGAAGAGCGCAGCCCCUCUCAUCAUCUGCCCCAUGAGUGGGAUCGAUGGGUUUUCUGGCCAUGUUGGUAAUCACGCUCAUUCCAUGGAGACCUCCCCUUGAGGAGGUGAACUCAGGCCUAGAGGGCUGUUGGCCAUGAUCCUACCCCAGGCAUAAGGUGUCUUGUUGCCUUGCCUUUUCCUGCUUAUCACAGCUGGAUGUCCUUCCCACUUUCUCUGCCCCUGCAGUGGGAGACAGGGUGUCCACACUCUGUACUGUCCUUUCCCUCCCCAUGCAGAUGGUCAGAUGUAAGGAGAUCAAGAUGGCCCAGAAUUACAAACCAGAUGUCCACCUUCAGUGUUUCCAACACUUUUGGUUUUACCCAUUACUGGAGGGGAUACAGAGUAUGGAUAAUCCCUGGAGAGCCAUUCAGGACCCUUCACCGUGGCUCAGCCUGGCUUCCUCUGGUCCAGCCCCACAUAGUGGUCGUGGAUGUGUGCUGUUCUCUGGACCAGGGCUCCUUUCUAAGAACCUAGAGUGGAACUACCUGGCCCUGUCAGCAUGUCUCCCUCUAUCCCAAUUCCCAUUCACUGUAGUUUUAUUAACUCCAUUAAAGAGGCCUGUAUGUGUUUUGAUUAGUUAACAGUUAUUUUACAAUAAUGGUGGGAAAUGGCCUUACCUCUGUUAUGAGAUAAUGUUCUAAUCAAUGUACUCUUUGCCUCUGUAUUUUUUCUGAGGGCUCUGUUGCUCCCUUCAUUCUAAUGAAAGGUGUAUCCUGGUGUCAGGUGCACGUCAUCCAGGAUAGUUUCCUGCCAACACCGUCCAUUGUUCCUAGAUCCCCUCCCACUCACAUAUGUGGACCUGACAGUUUGUCCCUGCAGUGAUUCUGAGGCACUAUUCCAGGGACUCAUUGACUUUUUUGCCUUCUUUUCUCCACUUCUUUGGGGAGUGGGGGAACUGACCUUUCUAAUACGUGCACCAUCAAGGGGCAUCCCCAUAGCCAUUGGGUCAUGGGGUGUUCUGGGGCCAGAAGGCAAGGGCAGAUCACUUCAAGCAAGCCCCCACAAUGGCUUAGUCCUGCUUCCCUUCCGGUACAUGACCCUCUGUUUGAAAAUAAAGUGAUUGUGGAUGUUGUUUA